AUGGCCCAAGCAGCAACACCAGCAUUGUCAGUCCAUGAUGAGGACUCCUCUGAAAGCAGAAUGGUGGUUACAUUCCUCAUGUCAGCACUUGAGUCAAUGUGUAAAGAACUUGCGAAGUCCAAGGCAGAAGUCGCCUGUAUUGCUGUGUACGAAACAGAUGUGUUUGUAGUUGGAACUGAGAGGGGAAGAGCUUUUGUCAAUACAAGGAAAGAUUUUCAGAAGGAUUUUGUUAAAUACUGUGUCUCUGAAGAGGAAAAGGCAGCUGAACUGCAGAAAACAAAGACUAUGUCACUUGUAAACAGGCUGACCGUGGAUAUUGUAGAAAUGGAAGCUCUCCGAAAGUCUGUAGAGGAUUUCUUCUGCUUUUGUUAUGGUAAAGCUUUAGGGAAGUCAACGGUAGUCCCUGUGCCAUAUGACAAGAUUCAAAGGGACCAGUCGGCAGUGGUAGUGCAGGGCCUUCCUGAAGGACUUGCAUUUAAACAUCCAGCAAAUUAUGAUGUGACAACACUGAAAUGGAUUUUGGAAAACAAAUCGGGGAUCUCAUUUGUGAUCAAAAGGCCUUUCCUAGAGCCAAAGAAACACCUAGGAGCUCAUGUGACUGUUACAGAUUCUACACGCACAGUUACACCACCAAGUGGAAGUGGCCCUCCUGUCCAAGUAAAAACAGAACCAAAUGAGGAUUCUGGAAUUUCACUGGAGAUGGCAACAGUAACAGUAAAAGAGGAAUCGGAGGAUCCUGACUACUAUCAGUAUAAUAUUCCAGCAGGCCCUUCAGAAACUUCAGAAAUUGAUGAAAAAAUUGCUCUUGCAAAGAAGUACACAGGAAGCCACCAGGGUUCCGAUUGCAGUGAAGGAACAGAUGUGGAAAUACCAGUAGAAGAUUCUUCUCAGCAUGCCCCUUCUGAAACAAGUGAGGACCCUGAAGUUGAGGUCACCAUUGAAGAUGAUGAGGACUACUUACCGCCCAACAAGAGACCGAAGAACACUGAGUCAGCAAAUGAGGCUGCCAAUGCUGGGAGAAGAAAAGUGAGAGAAUUCAAUUUUGAGAAAUGGAAUGCCCGAAUUACAGACUUGAGAAAGCAGGUUGAAGAAUUAUUUGAAAGAAAAUAUGCUCAAGCUAUAAAAGCAAAAGGUCCAGUGUCUAUCCCGUACCCGCUUUUCCAGUCGCAUGUAGAAGACUUGUAUGUGGAAGGACUUCCAGAAGGAAUUCCCUUCAGGAGGCCAUCUACCUAUGGGAUCCCACGCCUUGAGAGGAUACUGCUGGCCAAGGAGCGGAUACGGUUUGUGAUUAAGAAACAUGAGCUUUUGAAUUCAACACGAGAAGAUGCACCGCUGGACAAACCAGCUGCAGGAGUGAAAGAAGAGUGGUAUGCCCGAAUCACCAAAUUAAGGAAGAUGGUAGAUCAACUUUUCUGUAAAAAAUUUGCUGAGGCCCUAGGGAGCACUGAGCCGAAGGCUGUCCCAUACCAGAAAUUUGAGGCACACCCCAGUGAUCUCUAUGUGGAGGGUCUGCCAGAGAACAUUCCAUUUAGGAGUCCGUCCUGGUAUGGAAUCCCUCGGCUGGAAAAGAUUAUUCAAGUGGGCAACAGAAUAAAAUUUGUAAUCAAAAGGCCAGAACUACUAACUCUCAGUCCAACAGAAGUUACUCAACCAAGAUCUAAUACGCCAGUCAAAGAAGAUUGGAAUGUCAGAAUCACAAAACUAAGGAAGCAAGUGGAAGAGAUAUUUAAUCUAAAAUUUGCCCAAGCCCUGGGGCUUUCAGAGGCAGUGAAGGUUCCCUACCCUGUGUUUGAAUCGAACCCUGAGUACUUGUAUGUGGAAGGCUUGCCAGAAGGAAUCCCCUUCCGGAGUCCCACGUGGUUCGGAAUUCCACGCCUUGAAAGAAUUGUCCGUGGAAGUGGCAAAAUCAAAUUUAUUGUUAAAAAGCCAGAGCUGGUCACUUCUUAUUUGCCUGCUGGAUUGGCUAGUAAAGUAAACACUAAAGCAUUGAGUCCAAAGAGUUCAAAGAGAGCAAGAAGUCCUGCAAGCAAUUCAAAGGUUCCAGAGAUUGAGGUGACUGUUGAAGAAGGUCCUAAUAAACCACAAACAACAGAUGUUCGAACUAAUUCUCAAACCAAUGGAUCCAAUAUGGGCUUCAAGCCGCGAGGAAGAGAGUUUUCUUUUGAGGCUUGGAAUGCCAAAAUUACUGACCUAAAACAAAAAGUUGAAAAUCUUUUUAAUGAAAAAUGUGGGGAAGCUCUGGGGCUUAAAGAUCCUGUCAAGGUCCCAUUUGCGUUAUUUGAAUCCUACCCAGAGGAUUUCUACGUGGAAGGACUACCUGAAGGGGUGCCAUUCCGCCGACCAUCUACUUUUGGCAUUCCAAGAUUGGAGAAGAUCCUGCGAAACAAAUCUAAGAUAAAAUUUAUCAUAAAAAAGCCUGAGAUGUUCGAGGCAGCGAUUAAGGAAAGCUCUGCUAAAAGUCCCCAGAGAAAAACCAGUUCAUCCAAUACAUCAAAUACAACAAGCACCACAACAAAGCCAGUGGUGAACACAGCCGCAGGGGUUGAAGAUCUUAACAUCAUUCAAGUGACUAUACCAGAUGAUGAAAGUGAAAGAUUAUCAAAAGUAGAAAAGGCUCGACAACUGAGAGAACAAGUAAAUGACCUCUUCAGCAGGAAGUUUGGUGAAGCAAUUGGUAUGAAUUUCCCUGUGAAAGUCCCAUACAGAAAAAUCACCAUAAACCCUGGCUGUGUGGUGGUGGAUGGAAUGCCUCCUGGAGUGGCAUUUAAAGCUCCCAGUUAUCUGGAAAUCAGCUCCAUGAGAAGGAUUUUGGAAUCAGCAGAGUUUAUCAAAUUUACUGUCAUUCGACCAUUUCCAGGACUUGUGAUUAACAACCAGUUGAUGGAGAAAACUGAAUCAGAAACACCAGUCAUUUAA